AUGCUGGACUGGUAUAACUGCCUCGAAAAACAGAGCAACGCGCAAGCAGAUACGUGACGGUAGCACUGUUUCUGGGCCGCCAGUCAUCUCUGGAACGCACGCAAACGAGCGCGCCGCGCGUGUGGCCGCGCGAAAAACGUUUUGUGUAUCUCCAGCUAGAAGAAGCUUCUCGCCGCGCGGCCGCGCGCACGCCGUUUUGCGACCAGAGCAACCGCGGCGCGCCGCCACGCACGCAGAACGCGCACGCGCGCGCGAAAAUCCCGCCGCGCGGCCCGAGCGACCGCGCCGCAGGCCUGGCCCACAACGCGCCGCGUUGUGUUAGAUGUCACACAAGAUACUGUGACUCGACUUGCCAACAUGACCACUGGCGGCGCGGCCACAAGCAGAUCUGUAAACGAAUCCACCGCGGCGGCAACGCAGAACAGUAUAAUGCAGACAAAAAAUACAAGGAGGCCGUCGCGGUCGCGGUCGAGGCGUGCGCCGAGGACACGAAGGGCCAGACGUGCUACAUCUGCACGCAGGCCCUCCACUGGAAAACAAAGGAGGGCCUCGUACGUAUGUGCUCGUGCCGCGGGACGGCGGGUUUUGCGCAUGUUUCGUGUCUGGCGGAGCAGGCGAAGAUUUUGGUGGCGGAGGCCGAGGCGAAUAACUUGCGGGCCGAGGCCUUUGAUAAGAGGUGGAAGCGGUGGUCCUGGUGUAGUCUGUGCGAGCAAGAGUACCACGGCGUCGUGCGGUGCGCGCUCGGGUGGGCGUGCUGGAAGACGUAUGUAGGCCAGUCUGAGGGAGACCGAGUUCGGCGCUAUGCGAUGAACCAGCUUGGGAACGGUCUAUUCGAGGCAGACCACUAUGAGGACGCGUUGACCGUUCGAGAGGCAGAGUUGGCUAUGAAGAAGCGCCUUGGCGUGUCAGAGCACAACAUCCUCGUCGCACAGGGCAAUCUUUCGAACUCGUAUUCUCAGAUGGGAAGGCUUGAAGAGGCCUUGCAGAUGGAUCGAGAUGUAUACUAUGGAUCAUUGAAGCUCGAAGGCGAAGAACAUGAAAUAACUCUCACAGCAGCCUUCUGCUACACGGCAUCACUAAUCGAUCUGCACCGCCACGCAGAAGCCAAGGUGCUGUUGAACAAAACACUGCCCGUGGCGCGACGCGUUCUUGGCGAGAAUGGUGAGAUCACGAUCAGGAUGAGCGGGAGUUACGCGAUGGCGCUCUACGAGGACGACGGCGCCACGCUCGACGAGCUUCGCGAGGCCGUGGCGACGCUCGAAGCCACGGAACGGACCGCGCGGCGCGUGCUCGGCGGCGCCCACCCAAUCACAGGAUCGAUUGAGAAAGGCCUCCAACAAGCGCGAAAGACGCUCGCGGCGUUCGCCGCGCCCUAG